AUGGCUCGUAAUUUAUUAAUGAGCAGUCUUGAAAAUGCCUCCUUUAAUAUUUUAUUUCAGAUAUUAUUUAGAUGUAUUACAUUUUUAAUAAAUGCGUGGGUCAUCAGGAACGUAGGACAUGAAGUGCUCGGUAUAAUGAAUGUCAGACUGUUGUUGUUGGAGAGUACAAUACUAUUUUUGAGCAGGGAACCUUUCAACCGGGCAUGUUUGGGCCAGAAAGAUGAAUUUAGUUGGGGUCAUAUGAUUAAUCAAAUCUGGCUUUCUGUACCCAUUAGUUUUGUUUUGUCCCUAAUUUUUGUUUACGUCUGGUUGAACCUGUUACCUCUAAGUAAUCCAGAAUAUGCAUUUCAAUAUGCAUUUGGUUGCUGGAGUGUAGCAUUUUCAUGUGUUUUAGAAUUAUGUUCAGCCAAUAUGGCACUGGUUGCUCAGUUGUAUUGUUUUGUCAAAUUGAAAGUAGCCCUUGAUACUUUGCACAUUUUUGUUAGAAGCAUCUUGUUUUUAUCCAUUAUUUUCUAUGAUAGGUCUUUAGCGCUGAUUGCUUUCUCAGUGGCACAAGUGGGCAGUAUUGGAGUCAUUGUUCUUAGCUAUUAUGUCUUCUUCUUUUGGUACAUUAAAAAGAAGCCACUGUAUGCCAAGGGGGCAUUGAAAACAAGAUUUGUUCCCGAAUCAGUGUUGCACAAAUUAUAUGAUAAUAUGGAGGAUUUUCAGUUUACAUCUAUAAAAGAUUUCUUUCCAAAGUAUUUGGGAUCCUUUAGUACAACAUUCAACAAAAAAUUAAGUUCUCUCACUAUCAGUUUUGCCAAACAAGGUGUAGUAAAGCAACUGUUGACAGAGGGCGAAAAGUAUGUGAUGUCCGUGAACCCUGUUAUGUCAUUUUCUGAGCAAGCCACAUAUGAUGUGGUGAAUAAUCUUGGUAGUCUCGCUGCUAGAUUUGUUUUUAGGCCCAUUGAGGACAGUAGCUAUUUUUACUUUACACAAAUGGUCAAUAGAGACUUGCCAGUGCACAGGCAGGACCAGUACAAAGUGCAAGAGUCCUGUACGGUGUUGUCACACGUUUGUAAGACUGUAACUUCUAUUGGAUUGAUAGUGUUAGUGUUUGGGCAGAGUUACGCGCGCACUUUACUGUUGUUGUAUGGUGGCGAGGCAUUUGUUGAGAGUGGGUUGCCGGUACAACUGCUUCGCAGCCACUGUUUGGCCAUUGUGCUGUUGGCUGUCAAUGGUGUCACGGAGUGUUAUGCAUUCGCUACAAUGACCAGUGUCCAACUGAAUAAUUAUAAUUAUUUGAUGGUGUUCUUUUCAAUUAGUUUUCUUCUGUUGUCUUAUGUCUUGACAUACGUAUUAGGACCUGUAGGCUUUAUUAUAUCAAAUUGUAUAAAUAUGUUCGCUAGAAUUGUGCACAGUAUACAUUUUAUACACGAGAAAUAUAAGGACACAAGUCAUAAACCGUUGGAUGGACUUUAUGUGGGAAACAUUUUUCUCCUAGCACUGUUUAUUGGGGGAUGCAUAACUAAAGUUUCGGAAAACAAAUUGUUACAUGAUUCGAUAGUAAUGCACAUAGGUGUCGGAGCGGUGUGCUUCAUAUGUGUGCUGCUGGCAUGGGCUUAUGAAAAUAAACAACUCGUUAUUAACACGUACACAAAGAUUACGGACAAGGAGGACAAAAAAGUUUCUCGAGACUAGCAUUCAAUAUUGUCUAUUAAACUA